UCUAUCGUACAGUUUUGUUUUUAACUUAUAUUUUGUUUCGGUUACUUGUUGCUUGUGGAAUUGGAUGAUCGGAUCUUGCUAUAGACGUCUUUUGUGGUAUUUGGAUCACAGAUUAGAUUCUCAAUCUGUGAUCGUCUCAUUGUUAAUCUUUUCGGUUACUCUGGAAUUUCAGUGAAGUUCGUGUCGUAGGGGCGAAUUCUUGAAGUUUGUUAAUAGUAGAUUCUCAAUCUGUGAUCCUCUCAUUGUUAAUCUUUUCGGUUACUCUGGAAUUUCAGUGAAGUUCGUGUCGUAGGGGCGAAUUCUUGAAGUUUGUUAAUAGUAGAUUCUCAAUCUGUGAUCGUCUCAUUGUUAAUUUUGUUAGUUACUCUGGAAUUUCAGUGGAGUUAGUGUCGUAAUUACGCCUAAUUUAGUCGUAUGAUGUCAUAAUUCUAAGCUCGGGUCUAGUGAAUAAAGAAAAAUGUGGGGGAAGGCGGGGGGGAGGUUGCUUUGUUUUUAUUAAAUUCAGUUUUUUAUUUGAUGAAUGUUUCGCAUAUGUGCAUGCAAUCGUGUUUUUCUUGGUCCUGGUGAUUCAAUUCUGGUUUUUAUUGCAAUAAUUCCAAAAAAUGGUUUUGAGCAAGAUGCUUGAGGCCAUCUUGGGAAUGACUUGGUUGAAUUUGGUUAGUAUCUCCCUUCAUUACCUAGUAAACUGUAUUUUUUCCUUUCAACCUCAAUGUUCAGGAGAUUUCUAUUGUUUUUUCCCAUGAAUUUCCAUGAAAAUGUUAGGAUGUAUCAGCUGAAAAGAUUGAAACGCAAGUUAUUCCUCACAAGUCACCAAUUACCACUCUCAGUCAUUCAAAUCUUAAGUUGGAUUAUGCAUUAUCAACCUGUACACUCCAUAGACAUUGUUAUCUACCAUAAUUUGUAACUUUGAAUUAUAUUCUGAUCCUGGAGUCUGUUUUUUGUUUGGCUAUUCUUUUGUACACUUGCUGUCUAACUUGGUUAUGCCUCCUAUAUUUGGGCUUAAAAAAGGAAAACAGAUCUCUGAAUUUCACCCUCAGGAAUAUGCUAUAUAAAUAAGCUAUUGAGUCUAGAUAAUUAAUGCUAUUGCGGUAGAGAAAAAUAUAUAUUCCUCCACAUUCUAGAAAAGGAAAGAAGACAAAAGGGAACAGAAAAAACAACUUCAAAUAUUUCAACAGACAUCAUGCACUAUGUGAUAUGUCCAUGUCCUGACCGAAACAUGUUGCAGUUUGUCCUGACAUUCUACAGCUAUCAAAAGCUAUGUCUCAUGUAUGGUUGAGGAUUUCUUGCUGCAUCAGGUCGCAUUGAACAAUUUUCUUUCAUUCCUGGAACCAGAUCUUGGCGGCUCCAGUUUUUCUACAGAUUUUGGCAAUUUUAAUUUGGACAGCAGAAGCUGGAAAUGAUUAAAAGGUAUGGAGUGUUUUGAUUUGCUGAAAAUAUCAUGUUGCAGUGCAUAGGGGCAUUUAAGCAUUUAGGUGCUUCCCUACUGCGGUGUUGUGACCUUGAUUUAUACAAGCAAUCAAGAGGACUUGAAGAUCCUGAACUUCUUGCAAGGGAGACAGUUUUCAGUGUAAGUGAAAUAGAGGCACUUUAUGAGCUCUUUAAGAAGAUCAGUAGUGCCGUUAUUGAUGAUGGGCUGAUUACCAAGGAAGAGUUUCAAUUGGCGUUAUUCAAGACAAACAAGAAGGAGAGCCUGUUUGCUGAUCGGGUGUUUGACUUGUUUGAUACAAAGCACAAUGGAAUACUGGGUUUUGAAGAGUUUGCUCGUGCUCUCUCUGUUUUCCAUCCAAACGCCCCUAUUGAGGAUAAGAUUGAUUUUUCGUUCCAACUAUAUGAUCUAAAGCAGCAAGGUUUCAUCGAACGACAGGAGGUAAAGCAAAUGGUAGUCGCUACGCUUGCUGAAUCUGGGAUGAAUCUUUCAGAUGAUGUUAUAGAAAGUAUUAUUGACAAGACCUUUGAGGAAGCUGAUACAAAACAUGAUGGGAAGAUUGACAAGGAAGAGUGGAGAAGCCUUGUUUUGCAACAUCCAUCCCUCCUGAAGAAUAUGACUCUUCAAUACCUGAAGGACAUAACCACAACAUUCCCAAGCUUUGUGUUCCAUUCACAAGUCGAUGAUACCUAAACUUGAGAAUUGCACUGAAAUUCAGAAGGCUUUCUUAAUCAUGGUUAGUUUGUCUCUACAAACUUGUGCCCUCACACGUAUGGAGGGCCUAGAGAGUGUUUACAUCAUUUAGAUUUUAGUUGUUUAUUGAGGAUUUUAUCCAAUGACUGGAUUUUCACCUCACAAUAGAUGUGGGGUUAUACAUUGCAAGUUGCAGAAAUAAUAAGUUCAAAUUUAAUAAAAGAUCUCAAUUAUUAA